AUGCCAAUACACUUAUCCCCCCACUCCCACAUCACACAGACCAUUCAACACACUCCUCACAUGCUCUGGCCACACAGUAAACACACACAGACCACAGAGCUCGUGUCUGGGCUGCCCUGGUGCCCUCCUCUGGGCUCCUGCCAGCCUCAGCAUUUACCCACCAUUGAGGGCAGGGACCCAUCCAUCUCCGUUUUCCUCCAUUUCAGCUCAGGGCCCUGCACCAAGUCUCUCCCAGUUGUUGCUUGGACCCAGACUCCUCCCACAGUCACCACUGUCACAGUCCCACCUCCUUCAAGGUCUCAAACACCCCUCCCCUGUUUCUGGCAGGAGCCGUCUUCACUCCCUCUAUUGCCUCUCCAGGCCCAGACUUCACCCUCAGGUCACCCUCACCUGGACUUUGGGGCCCACACCCCGCCCCAGGCCCUGGCCUCUGGAAUAUUUGGAAACUUGAACGGGGCCUGAGGCUUAAGCUCACAUCUGUCUGGAGCCUCAACUUUCUCCUCUGUAAAAUGGGCUGACACUGAAAGAACCUUGCAGAAUCUCAGCAACGUCACAGUGGACAUUGUUAGCACAGCCAGCGGGCUCCUGCUGGGCUGAGUUUGUGGGUAACCCAAGCCUCGGCAGGUACAGUUCCUCCCUCAGCCCAGUGCAGAUGCAUCUGACUUACGAAACUUCAGUGACACCUGCUCUGUGCCAGACACCGAAGAUGGAGCAGUGAACAGCGCUGACCCAGUCUGUCCUCCUGUUGCCUGCAGGCCAGGUAGGAAACACACUGGAAACUGGUAACUCCAU